CUCCGCGCCGCUCUGCCGCGGGACGCCGGGGCUGGGGCGGAGCCUCCGCGGCACGCCCCUCGGCCUUGCCGGCACGCCGGGGCUGCGGCCGUAGCGCUUCUCCGUCGGCCCCAUGAGGCAGGACCGCCGCCGAUUCACCGCGGGCGGCCGCCGGCGAGGGAUGGAGGGAGGGACAUGGACAGAGCCAGCCCGCAAGGCCUGGCGGGGCCGCUGCGGAGGGCGGCCACUGCCCUGAGCCUCCCGGCGGGCUGCCCCCGGGUUUCGGCGCUGGGGCCCACAGCUCCCCGCAUGCUUGGGCCAGCCCCAACAGAGUCUCUUCUGCUGGCCUGCGGACACCAGCUCUGCUGGCAGCCCCUUGGUCGGUGCUGCUCGCCCGCGGUGAAGCCGGGCAGGUGGCUCAGUGGGGUGUGAGAGCUGCGGGAUGACCGCAAGGACGUAACUGGAAAGUUCUAGCUGAAGAAACAAACGGAUCUACAUGUGCUUCACUAUCCACUGGAAGAAUGACAGAUGACAAAGAUGUACUUCGAGAUGUGUGGUUUGGACGAAUACCAACCUGUUUCACUCUGUAUCAGGAUGAGAUAACUGAAAGAGAAGCUGAACCUUACUAUUUGCUGUUGCCAAGAAUAAGCUACUUGACACUGGUGACAGACAAAGUGAAGAAACAUUUUCAGAAGGUUAUGAGACAGGAAGAAGCUACUGAAAUAUGGUUUGAAUAUGAAGGUACACCACUGAAAUGUUUGACAGCACAUAGAGUUCACCUUGAUCACUUAUUUCAGCUCUUUCACAGGCAUUACCCAAUUGGUUUGCUGUUUGAUCUCCAUGCAUCCAAUACAGCCCUUCCUUGGAGCAUCACAGUGCAUUUCAAGAACUUUCCAGAAAAAGAUCUUCUACACUGCCAUUCUAAGGAUGUGAUUGAAGCUCAUUUUAUGGCUUGCAUAAAAGAAGCAGAUGCUUUGAAGCACAAAAGCCAAGUCAUCAAUGAGAUGCAAAAAAAGGAUCAUAAGCAGCUGUGGAUGGGAUUACAGAAUGAUAAAUUUGAGCAGUUUUGGGCAAUAAAUCGAAAACUCAUGGAAUAUCCUCCAGAAGACAGUGGAUUUCGAUACAUCCCGUUUAGAAUUUAUCAGGCAACAACAGAGAGACCUUUUAUACAGAAGCUAUUUCGACCAAUUACUUCAGGAGGACAGUUACAUACUUUGGGAGAUCUGCUAAAAGAUGUGUGUCCUAGUGCUAUCACCCCCGAAGAUGGAGAGCAGAAGACUCAAGUGAUGAUUCAUGGAAUUGAGCCAAUGCUGGAAACACCCAUACAGUGGCUAAGCGAACAUAUGAGCUAUCCAGAUAAUUUUCUCCACAUUACUAUCAUUCCUCGACCUACUGAUUGAAACUCGGCUGUAUUGGUAUGAGGAUUGUUCUUGAGCUGGGAUUAUAAGGGCACGUCAGCUUCUUGCUUCUGUCGUUUUGACAGAGACAACCUGACCAGAAAAAAAAGCAACAAAAAACCGAAAGAAACCAAGCAAGAAGUCCUCACUGCUGCAAGCCAAACAGGAAGGGAGAUCCUGUCGUCAGAUAAGGGCAAUUGGGCUGAUCUUAUUUUGCAUCACCGCUGCUUUUCUCCACCGCUGUAAUUAAAUCAGUUGCGAUAUGAAAGAAUUUACAGGACCUCUGCGAGUCUGCUGUUUUCUUGUAAAAUAUUAUGAAGCUGAAACCGUCAGCCGAAGAGCAAAUGGAAAGAGCCACUUGAUUGUACUUCUGAUUAACAAAUAAACAGGGUUGUUUCCUAAAGCGGUAGCGUUUCAGCUUUGAGAGUGGAAACAUUGGUUUAAUUUUCUAGAAAGUUAGACACUGAGAGAUUCAGUUACCAAUAGCUUUUUGUAAAAGAUCAAAUUACUGUAAACCCAUCUUUCCUUAAUGAGAAGUUCAUGUUUACAGUAUGCGUAUUGGUAUGCAAAUGAUCUUUUAACUUUGAUAACAAGCAGUGAGAGAUUUUAAACGAAAUCCCAACCCCGUGAGCAUGUUUUGUCAUUUGAAAACAUGCACGACUCAGUAAUUCACAAAUACUCUUGAUUUGUAUGCUGUCACUGAAUACUGCGGUAUGUUUAUUAUUCAGACCGGUUUCCUUGGGCAAGCAGCGCCUCGGGAUGUGCCGUGGCAUUUCUUUGUGCUCAUCCAAAUUUUCUUUCUGUAAGAAUAUUUUCUUAAUUUAGUUUAAGAAGUUUUAAAAUAAAAUAAACGGAUGUUGCAAGCGAUUGUAUCCUGCUGCUUAUUCCCAUGGACUCGGAAACAGUUAAAUCGUGGAAUGAUGAACAGAUGCAUUGCUUUUCAAUAACUCUGGGUUUCGGAAAGCUGAGGCUUUUCCAAAGCUAAUGCUUCCUUACAUCUGAGUUUAGUUUUCUGCUGUGGUCCCAGAGCGAUCCGUCUGAAAAUUGGAAGCUUCUAAUCUCAUUGCACAGAUAUUUCCUUAGUUUAGCAGAUGUAUUUUUAGACUUCUAAAUGUUUGUUACCAUCGCAGCUGCUACUAGGACUCUGCUGUUUUCCGUGUAACGCCGAAUCCAUCAAGCUCUGCUGUAUUGCUCUGUCUGCAGUUUGUGGCCGUUUGUGACACGGGGCUCUGUUCGUGGUAGUCAAAUAUGUCAAAUAUUAUCAAAUGUAAAGAAAGCAUGACAUUUUUCUUUCCAAAGUAGUAACUGUUGAAACUCCUGCUCCAAGUCUUUGCUUGAGCAUGUUGCGGUAGCUCCCGGUGCUAUCCCUGUCCCUUUCCUGCUCCCUUUGUGGUAGGGUGCUUAACUGCAUCUGAAAAAGAAGAAAAUGAAAAUCAAUCCGGCAAACACGAACCUCUGUAAGUAGUAAGAGGGGAUGGAUCUCCUGGUGUGAGGACAAAACCGAGGCUAGAAAAAGCCCUGAGGACGGACAAGCAAAGUCAAAGGCAGAUGUAAGUGAGGAAAUGUGAAGGAAGUGGGAAGGACAAGGUAAUAAUGAAAUAAACCUCUGCUGCAUUCUGCAGAUCACGAAGAGUUUCUGAAACGAAACAAGCCUUGCUGAUGUGUGUUUGUGCAGAAUUGAAAUACAAUAUUCUUAUAGUGGGAUGAUUUGGUUGAGUUAUUCUAAUUUCCAGUUCUGUUUGGAAUUUCUGUUACAGUGUUGGAUUGGCAUUUAUAAACUUCCUUAGGCAGACACAUCUAAAUAUUCUGGAGGAGUUCAAAGUCCUGCCAAUGGAUAAAGCAAAUAUUUUGUAGAGUCUUCAUAUUAAAAUGAGGAAGAAACAUCUUUUGAAGGGACGAUUUUUGCAUUAAUCAGGGUAAGAGGCUGUAUGUUCUAAAAAACAUAAAGGUGGUGUUUCCUUUGUUCUAAGGUAAGCUGGGGUAAAUCGCUGCCUGUUUCAAUGUAUUCUACACCAGCGUUUUAAGUAUACUGUGUUCUCCUGCCUGUAUUUGCAGGUAAAUCCAGCUUUUAAGGCCAAGCAUGGAACAAAGGAAUAGCUUGGCUUUAAAUUACACUGUUUCCUCUUAAUUUAACUAUUUAACAUUUAUUUUAAAAUGAAAUAAAGUUCGAGUCUGCCUUUA